AUGAGGUCUAAGGGGCUCAAACCAGAUGCCUUUACUUAUUUGAUUUUCAUUCAUGCUGCUUGUGAUGCAAAUGAUCUUCAUUCUGCUUUCCGAGUGCUUGACAGAACAAGAAGGUACAAUCUUGUGCCAAAUGUGUACACUUACAACAGGAUUAUCAAGGAACUUUGCAAGAAUGAUAAGGUGGAAAAUGCUUACCUAUUAUUAGAUGAGAUGACAAAGAGAGGGGUUAGAUCAGAUAUUUGGAGUUACAAUGCAAUCCUAGCUUUCCAUUGCAAUCGCAAUGAGGAGCUAUCUAAUGUUUUCAGAGGUGAUAGGCGUAGUCCCCAUGCUAGAUUUAUGAGUGAAGAAGAAAGCUCAGAUGAGUUUGAUGAGCAAGCUAGUUGUUAUGCAUGA